AUAAUAAUAAUAAAACGUAAAAAAUAAAUCAUCCCGCAAACCAGAAACCCUGUUUCCCCUCUCCUUCUCCGAUCAUCUGUUUCAUCUCAUCUCCGCCGCAAUUCUACGACGGCAACCCAGCCCUAGCCGCGUUGCCAAAGCCCUGCCGUCUGCGCCAAUUAGAUCUGGCUUUCAGAUGUUUCACAAAACCCUCGCGAAAAAUAAAUUUUGUAUUCCAUCCUUCUAGUUGAAUGCUUCAAGUUGUGCUCAGAAUUCCAUAAUCUGAGUCGCUUAAUCACUGGAACAAGAUUUUUCUGAUGGAAGUGGGAUUCCUAAAUGCUGCAAUCCUGCUCAUAAUUGGUAUAUCCACCUGGAUUAUUGCCCGGAUUAUCUAUGUUAUCCACCGGAGCAGCAAACCCCUGUAUAAUAAACCACCAGGACCUCUCAGUACCCUGAUAGUUUUGGGUUCAGGUGGUCACACUGCAGAAAUGAUAAACCUACUGGCUGUUAUGCAGAUGGAUAGGUUUAAGCCGAGAUACUACAUUGCUGCUGCAACUGAUAAUAUGAGCCUUCAGAAGGCUCGUGUGCUGGAAGAUUCUCUAAUGGACAAGGCACAGGUUGAGUUGGGAGGAACUUCCCAGUUCAUGCAAAUUUACCGUAGUCGUGAGGUUGGACAGUCGUACGUAACUUCAGUCGGCACAACUUUAGUUGCUCUCACCCAUGCCUUGUGGCUAAUGAUCAAGAUCAGACCUCAAGUGAUUUUGUGCAACGGGCCUGGAACUUGUAUCCCGCUUUGUGUAAUUGCAUUCUUUUUCAAGGUAUUUGGAAUCAGGUGGUCAUCCAUCUUCUAUGUUGAGAGCAUUGCUAGAGUUAGGAGGCUAUCAUUGAGCGGAUUGCUCCUAUACAAACUACGGAUGGUUGAUCAAUUAUUUGUGCAAUGGCCACAGCUGAAGAGCAAAUAUCCUCGAGCUAAUUACGUUGGUCGUCUUAUGUAAUGACCUCCAGUGAGGUGGUGCACUUUUUAUUGCAAUGGUUUUUUUAAUGAGGACACAGUUUGCUAACUCGCCAUCACUUCGCAGAGCUGACUAUACAGACCUGACUAUACAAAGCUUCGUCUUCUUCUUUCUUUUUUUCUUUUAGAACAAAGUUCAUUACAUAUGCUCGGAGCAAAAUCACCAUAGAAAAACUUUGAAGUUCCGAAGAUGAAAAUUUAUGAUCAUUGAGCAUG